CGGGGCAGGCACCAAAAGCGUUAACAGCCCGCGCCCGCUCGCUUCCAUUUCCUGCGCGGCUUCUCCUUUUCCUUCUCCCGGCGCCGGAGCCCGAAGUUUGGUAGUGCCCAUGGCCUGGCGUGCGGUGGCUCCGCUGCUGCUCGGGCCGCUCAGCCUCCUCCCGCCGCGGCUCUGGGGUGCGGGUGCCCAGGCGGGUCAGAGCUUCCAGCUGCAGCAGCCCCAGACCAAGGUGUCGGUGAACAAGGGGGAGAUGUUCACCCUGACCUGCACCACGUCCGGAGAUGGGCCCCUUGGCCCUGUGAAGUGGCUGAAGGGCUGGGGCAGCGAGAACGAGACCAUUUACGACCAGACAGGCUCUUUCCCUCGUGUGACGAGGGCGGUGAGUGAGUCCAACACAGACUUCACCAUCCACAUCAUGGAUGCUCGCCUCAAGGAUGCCGGCAGCUAUUACUGUGUGAAGUUCAGCAAAUCACUGGGUGGUGUUCAGGUGUUUCAGCACGGCAAGGGCACAGAGGUGUCCGUGCAUGAGGGAGCCCCGGUUCCUGGCGUGGUGGCUGCAGCUGUAGUGCUCUGUUUCCUCCUUCUCCUCAGCCUUUUCAUCGCCUUUUGCAUGUACAGGAGGAAGCACAGAGGCAAGGCAGUGAGCCCGUGCAAAGCUGGGCCAGCAGCUGUAGGCAGCCUCUCACCCAUCCCUCUGCAGUGCUGUGCAGGGACCCCCAGCACCCCCAGCAGCGAAGUCCUGGAUGCAGUCACCUCACCUCUGCCCAGCCAGCAAAGCAGCAAGGAGGACAAUGACAUCCACUACGCUGAUCUCCAGCCCCUGCCCGUGGCCUCACGGCAUGGCAGAAACCCCGGCCCAGCCUGCUCCGAGUACGCCAGCAUAAGGGUGGCUGCCAAGUGACGUGUGGCACCACAGCCUGCAAGGCCAAAGAGCCUGUUUUGGGGGAGGAAGCAGGGGCAUUGCUGCAGAGCACAAAAAAGAAGCGGAUCUGUUUGCAUGGCACACCCUGGUCUAAGCUCGGCACGCCAUGCUCAGAGCUGGCAAAGCUCCCCUAAUUCAUUCCCGUCUCAUCAGUGGUGCUGGGUGAGGCUCAGGAGCAGCUCUCCCAGGACCCAGCAGCCAUCUCAAGCACAGGAUCAGGCCACAAGGCUAAGCACCUCUGCCUUGUGCAAGCUGUUCGGUGCCAGUCACACCAGAAGGACUUACACACCUGUCGCCACCAGCGUAGGCCACUACUGGCACUUUUCCUGGCUCAGCACGCCCGUAAUUUGUUUUAUCUUGUCACUUCAUCAAUCCCAUCCUCAUUAAAGCCAUCAAACAGC